GAGCUCAGAAAGCGCAUCUUGUUGUAAAAAAAUUAAAGAGAAGCUACAAUAAUGAAGAAGAGCUCCAUGCCUCCUCAUCCAUACCACUCUCCCCUAAAUGCAGGUGAUCAGAAAGAAGAAGCGAAAAGCUUUCGAGUCGAUCAGAAAACUGGAGCUUCAAGGUCUCAUGCUAUGGCGAACAAUAAAGAGGAAACGGGACCAAAGAAGCUAGAGAGGAAGUCGACUGAAGAUAUCAACGAAAGCGCAGAGGCAUUCAUCAAGAAGUUCAGGAAGCAGCUUUUGAUCCAAAGGCUCGAGUCCAUUGAGAAUUACGAGCAAAUGCUUGCAAGGGGACUCUAAGAGAUGUACUCUUCCUGGAUCACUUUUACAUCUUGCAAUAUUUGCCAUAAUUAAACUUGUGUAACAGUUAUAUAUUUAAGGGUUCUUAAGAAAAAGGCCCUUGAAACUCUUAUUUUCCAAACAAAAACUCACAUAAUAUUAAAUAUCCAAAUAAAACCCAAAUUUUAAAUAGAGUACCAUGUAGACAAAUAUGUAACCAAUUAUUAUCACAUAUUUACAACUUAUGCCACAAAACUCUAAUUAUAUGGAAAUUUUACCUUUCUUGUA